UGUGUUCGUGCUGUGUAGAAGCAUUAAAAUCGAAUUUUCUGUUAUUUUAUGCAGUACGCUUUUUUGAUUUUUGUUGGGUGAACCAUACCAACGUUUUCCACCCGUCAGUUUCAAUCUGAUAGGAGAGUGUGAAUGCAGCAUUUGGAAGAGAAGUGUGCGUGGUUUAUCCGUUCUAGUAUAGCAAAUUGUGGAUAUUCGGAGCAUACCUGUACCUCCCGAAAGUUUUGCGCGAGUUUAGUGUGUAUUUGUGUGCUAAAAGCCAACAGAAUAAGAAUAGGCAGAAACAAAUCAUCGGAAGAAGAGUAAGAGUUGAAUUUUUUUAAAGUGCUCUGAACUACAACGCCAGACAACGAGCAACGCAAGGCUGAGCAGAGAAGAAAAAAGUGAUUUCAAAAUUCGAACAAAACUGUUCCUUCAUCAGCAGCAGUCGCGGCGCAACAGCAGCUGUCAACCGAAAUUUUGUGGAUAUCAAAAAAGUAAAAUUGUGAAGCUCUGACUUUUUGGCAUACAAGUUACUCGGGCUGACACAAAAAGGCACAUCCCGAUCGCGAAACCGAGCGUAAAUCCAUCAACUGCGUUUUUAAUUACGUUCGUUCUUGAACCAAACAAAGGCACGGUCUAAUUCUCGCCAACCAUGGGCAAAGCGCAGAGCAAACGUUCGGUUGAUAUCACGACAGACCCGGCCAAGGACGGUGGAAUCACAGAGGGUACCGGCAAGCUGGAAAAAAUCGAAGACAUUGAUCAGCUCAAAUCACAGCCCAACGGCGGUACACAACAGCACACCGAAGGCGAUUCGGAGAAGAAAGUCGAGAGCGACGCUGCGGAGAACGAGAAGGAUGCCAGCACAGAGAAAGAAGUUAAAGAUGGCGCCGCCGGUGAUGGAACCCCGGUGGCGGCGACGGUGGAAGCAAUCGCUACCAGCUCCCCGAUCACGACAGACAAAGCCGGUGUCGAAUCGUCCGAUUCGGAUGCGGCCAACAAAACGCUGGAGAAUGGCAGCAACGAUGAUACGCUAAACGACAGCAAGGCCGCGGCGGAGGACAGCAAUAAAAAACCGAAAAAGGUCAAAAAGAAAUGGUCCUUCCGGUCGAUCUCGUUCAGCAAGAAGGACAAACAGAAGCCCGCCAAGAAGGAGAAAGCCGACGAGGAGAAGGUGAAUGGCGAGUGCGAGAAAGUUCCUGAAGAGCCAACUGAAGAUGCUGCUGCUGCUGCCGUUGCCGCUGCCCCAGCGGCGACUACCGACGAGACGAAACCCGAAGCGGAUGCUGCUGCCAGCCCCGUGAAAGCCGUUGAGGAAUCUACCAUUGAAGCCGCUGUUGCAUCACCUGCCCAAGAAACUGCUCCUGUCAGCGCGGAAACCACACCGGCCACCGAAACGGCUCCGGCUCAGAAUGGUCAAUCAGAAGAGAAGGAAGUUGUAGCCGAAGUUGCUGCCGCCGUCCCCGCCCCAGAGCCAGAGAAAGUCCCCGAACCAGUGAAGGAAGCGGCGGAACCGGCGCCGGUCGUCGUUGAGGAAGUGAUCGCUGAACCGGUAGCCGUUGUUGAGGUAAUCAAAGCAAACGAAGAACAGACCCAGUCGGCCGUUGUGCCGCCGGCGGAAACACCCGCUGUUCAAACCGAUAUCAAACCCGAAACUAUUGUUGUUGAGCAAGAGAAACCAGUAACCGUAGAAAGCGACACACCGGCAGUGGAGGCGGCGGCUGCUGCGACGGAGGUUGCGCCGGAAGUGACCAAUGUUGUUGCCGUUGAGACCGCUUCUGCUGCACCGGUUGUUGCCGAUAUUGGUGAUAGCACAUCUCCACCUCCUCUGCCCUCCAAUCCUCCUCCCUCCCAGGUGAUGGCAUUCGUAGAGGCUUCCAUGUCCCAGGGCACUAACGAGCCCGAACCAGAUUCCCUCAAUUCGAUCCCGGAACCAUCCUCUUUGCCGGAACAGGAAGUAAAACAGGAUAAAACAGAAGAACAGGUUGUUGUGGUAGAAGAACAAAAGAAGCCAGAAGAGCAGGUUAGUCCAGUUGAGCCAGUGGCUGUUGCCGAGCAGCAGGUUAGUGUAGCUCCCGUAGAGGAACCGGCCACCGAAAAGGUUGAAGAGAAACCAGUUGAGGCUGUCCCUGCUCCAGCUGUCGUAGAGGAAGAAACUGCUGCCCCUGUUGUGGAAGAAGAAAUCGUCCAAAAAGUCGCUGAAGUCGUGCAAGCGACCCCAGACGCAACUGUAGUCAAGGAUGCUGUCGCUGAGGUGGUGGAUCAGAUUUUGGAUAAGGCUGUUAAUAAAGUAGAGGAACCCCAGAAUGAACAACCAGCUGCUGAAGCUGCUGUCGUUGUCGCGGAAGAGCCCAAGCCAGUUGAGUCUGCUCCGGUUGUCGAGGCUCCCAAGGAAGAAGUUGUACCGGAGCCAAAAGUAGAGGCAUCCGUCGCGGUAGAACCGGUAGCAGAAGAGCCUGUUGUAGAGCAACCAGCAGCAACGGAACCAAUUGUCGAACAACCAGCAGCAAUCGAACCAGUUGUGCCAGAGCCUAUUGCAGUAGAGCCAGUUGCAACUGAGCCAGCCGUUCCGGAACCAACGGCAGCGGAAGUAACUGUACCAGAACCAGUUGCUACGGAAGCUGCCAUUCCAGAAUCAGUUGUUACGGAACCAGUGGUACCAGAGCCCGUUGCGGUUGAACCAGUGGCAGCCGCGCCAGUAAUUCCAGAACCAGUUGCUGAACCAGUUGCUGAACCAGUUGCCCCCGUUGAAGCCAAAGUGGAGGAAAAGCCCGCUGAAUCUACUCUCGUGACCGAAACAAUCCCGGAAGCCGAUGAAGUCAGUAACACCACCGAUGAUCUGCCGCCACCGCCACCACCAGCCGUUGAUGAUGAGCCAGUGCCAGAUUCGCUUCCCUCGCCGCUGCCAACGAUCGCUGCUGCUGCACCAGCCGGUGAAGUGACUGACGAACAGAAUCUUUCCGUCGAUAUUUCCUCUCCACUCCCACAGAACUCGCUCGAAUCGCUUCCAUCACCGCCCACUCUGUCCCAAAGUGACGCCAUGAGCUUACCUCCCCCGCCAGAAUCCCCAUCGGCCACACUGACCUCGUUGGAAGCUACCGAACAAUCUCUUCCCGCUGCUCCCGCCUCCGAACCAUCCGAACUUCCCACGCCUCCAGAAUCCACACCAGCUAACGUCACUGAACCGGAACCCGUCAAAGAGGCAGCAGCCCCCGUGGUGUCGGAAGAGAAACCAGCCGUAGUAGAACAAACGCAAGAGACUGUGACUGCCGUGACCGCUGCCGAAGUGACUGAAGUAGUGAUUCCAGCCGAGCCAGUGACACCGGCGGCAACUCAGGAAGUGACACCAGCAGCAGUUGAACAAGUCACGGAACAGGUGGCGGUGGUCGAGGAACCAAGCCAGAAAGAGCAACAGGUCGUUGAGCAAAAGGAACAGGAAGAGACGCCGGCGCCGGUAUCACAAAAGCAGCAGCAGCCGCCAGCGGAAGCGACGGAGCUGGUUGUCAAAAAGCAGAACGGAACCGUUGAGAAUGGAGCAGCCACGGAGAACGGUACGAUUGAGAACGGACAGAAUGGCAUGCAUGAGACGUCCGCCACGGAAAGCCUGAACGGAGACGGUGAACACAAAAAGGAGGAGAAAAUUCCAGAAAAGGCAGCUCAGCUUCAGCAACCUCCGCAGGCAGCAGCAGAAAUAACAGCAGAAUAAAUUUAUUGAUUAUUAUUAAUAAUUAAUUAAAAUGUAAUCGUAAAAAAAUAAAUACUGAGGAGUGAUGAGAAAAAAAAACAACAACAAAACUUCACCAAUAACAACUUCAACAAAAUACAGGCAAAUAAACAAAAACCAUUUCUUUGAGGUUGGAACAAGCAAAAACAUUUACAGCAAUGCAUCUUGGCAUAGAAAGCAUGAAACAAACACACCACACGAAAACAUCAAAAACUUUGCAGCGCAGUUGCGAGAGAAAGGAUACUUUUUUACAUAUUUUUAAAAAACCCUUUAAAGUUACAUUAUAAUUAAUUUUAUAAAAAUAUUUAAAAACUCCAUAAGCACUUUCAAGAAUAAAAAAAAAAAUACUAGAAGGGUUCAAAACGGUUUACACGCUGGAUGAGAAGAUCGAAGGCGAAACCAUCAUCACCGGAGCAUCGAAAACGAGCAACCCGAAUGUUGAUUGCUUGAGUGAGAGACGGGCAGAUCUUUUGUUUGUUAAGUUGUAAGGCACAGAAGAAGACACACCAUGCAGGUUUUUAAGUUUAGCGAAAGGGCAAAGGAAAUUAGCCGAAGGGAAAAGAAAAGUAAAUCUGGCUGCAAGCAAGCGCUAAGUUUAUUAUAUAUUACUACUGAAUGUCCAUAAUUGCAUUGUCCAUUUUUACAGCAUGGAGUAAAACGAGAGCGAAUAAAAAAGAUAUGAAUAAAAAAUAACGAAAAAAAAAGAAAGUAUAAAUUUCAUUUUCCAUUAGGGAGAACAAAAAUCUUGGGAUAUUAUUACGAGAAGUAAGCUGCGGCAAUACGGUGCGAGUGUGGCAAAUGUCCGACGAAACCAGUGCAAGUUUGAAGCAAACUUUGUUCACCGUCGGGCAGUUUGCCAUAUCACGCACUGUACGUAGGGCGCAAACUUAUAAAUGUAAAAGGAUUACUAUUUAUAGUUUAAUUGAUAAUUGAUAAAUUAUCCUAUGAAGAUAAACUUUUUUCGAAGAAAAAUGUAAACAUAAAUGUAAGUUCUUUUUCUUUUAUCUUUGUUGUAAAUUCUAUUUCAAAGAAAGGAAGAUUGAAUAAAGAGACAACACACAAUUUUUGCUGGUAGAGAAGAAAUUUUCACGAUUCUAGCCGUACAGAAUUCAAAGUACAUCCAUAUUUAACCCAAAAAUUCAUCUAGUACAUGUCUUAGAGCAAACAAACGAAAUUCACGGAAAAAUAACUGUAGUUUUUAGAAAAUUACCAAUAGUAGCAGAUACACUUGAACCUCCCCAGUCCCGAUGCGAAGUGUACUCGAGAGACGUUCAGCGUUUUACAAAGAUAGUGAGAGGGAGAACGAGAGAGAGAGAGGGCGAUCCCGUUUUUGAACAGCCAUGGUUUUCAAGACAGACUUUUACAGUUUUUACAGCUCCUGCGUAGCGUUAUUAGAUAUACACAGCAUGGGGAGAAACCUUUUUCUACGCCGUAUUUUACUCGGACGCGCAAAACCAACUAACAUAGAAAACAAACAUCCCACGAAAUUUGCAACUCACAAAGACUGCCCGAGAAUUGUCGAAAAUUAUACACGCAUAAGCUAAAAAAUGAAGAAUACCUCCAUUUCGGGAUCAAACCAGCUGAUAAACACGAACGCCACACCGUUGCAGUACAGUCAAUUUUUAACGAGUAAAAUAAAUUUAAAAUUGUAUCGAUCAUUCGGUUGUAUAGUUGAAGUACACUAAAUAUUGAGCGAAUGUAUUUUGCAAAUGUAGUUCGUGAAACAACGCAGGGGGCGGAGUUAAAGGUAUCUUUUAAAGUGACAACAUAAAAACAUAGCCCCGCCCAGUUUGCAUUCAAGCUGGCCCGGUGGUUUUUCAGAUAGACAGCAGUUUAUAAAAAUACCAAAACCGAAAUUUAGAUACCGAUCGGCAAAAAAAACGAAGCAUGUACCGCAUAAAAUCCAUCGUUCAAAAUCGCAAGAAUCAAAAUAAACGGAAUAAAGUGGAAGACAUUAGAAAAAUUAAA